AUGGAGCCGAACAUUCCCGAAGGUCUGAGCAAGCAGAGCGUCAACUACAUCGCCGACUGGAUUGCUAGCGCCGGGUUCAAUUGUGUGCGCCUGACAUUCUCAGUUGACAUGGCUCUCCACCCUGAAGUAAACGUUGAGAAAUCGUUCCGGAUUGGCGCAAGUUCAGGCGGCGUUGACGAGGCAGCUUUGAUAAAUCAGUACAAGAUGGCUGUCGGGAAGAAUCCAUUCCUUGCCAAGGCCUCGUGCCUGGACGUGUUCGGUGUCGUGGAGGAUGCACUCUGGGAGAGGGGGCUCAUGACUUUUUUGGACAACCACGUGAGCAAGGCAAAAUGGUGCUGCAACCUUGAGGACGGCAAUGGCUGGUGGAAGGACGCUCCUGGUUACGUCCCGGCAAACAGCGAGUUUUUUGAGACGCAGCCAUGGCUUGAUGGUCUCGAGGCGAUGGCAAAGUGGUCGGUAGGUCGUCCGGGUGUUGUGGGCAUGUCUCUUAGGAACGAGCUUCGCGCCCAGGCCAUCCAGAUCCCCUGGGGCGGCGAACAGUGGUUUGAGAAGAUGCCUGCCGCGGCUCGCCUGGUUCAUGCUGCGAACCCUGACCUGCUGAUCUCCAUCGGUGGUCUUGACGGAGGCAACAAUCUCGGCGCCCUGCGCGAGCAGAGGAUGCCGACCGAGGACUGGGAGGGCAAGAAUGUAUGGGACGCUCAUGUGUACAGCUUCACUGUCAACACGCCGAACUUGGGAAGCUGUGCUAUCAAAAAGGCGCAGUACGGCUUUUUGUUCGGGUUCGUACUUGCUGAUAGUACUGAGCAGCAGGGUCCUCUGUGGCUUUCAGAGUUCGGCGUAGGCAUGACCGGCGGACCGAAUGACGGCUUGUCCGACGAAGACCAUGCGUAUCUCGAGUGUUUGGUGGAGUAUCUUGAGAACAAUGACGCGGACUGGGCUCUCUGGAGUGUUGCCGGCUCAUAUUAUGUUCGAGAGGGCAUCAUCGACCGUGAGGACUUUUUUGCUGCCCUUGAUAGGAAUUGGGUGGAUUGGCGUAACGAUAAGUUCAAAGGCAUGUUAGGUCGGAUGUGGAACGUAACACAAGGCCCAUAG